AUGAGUCAGUUCAACAACGAUAUUGAGCCAAACAUUAUUGAUGAUAAAAUGGUUCAGAAAGCCAUUGAGGAACAGUGUCCAGAGGACUUAAAGCUUGCCAAAAGGGAAGCUAUUAACUAUAAGGAUGUCACGGAGCUACAGCUCAGUUUUAGAAAUAUCCUGCAGAUUGAUAGUCUCUGGCAAUUUGAGAAUCUGACUAAACUGCAGCUGGACAACAACAUCAUUGAGAAGAUAGAAGGUCUGGAGAGUCUGGUUCAUCUUGUAUGGCUUGACCUGUCCUUCAACAAUAUUGAAGUAAUUGAGGGCCUGGAUACCCUUCUCAGACUGCAGGACCUCAGCCUCUCCAACAACAGAAUAUCUAAACUUGAGCACAUGGACACCUUGCAAGAGCUGCAGAUUUUCUCCAUUGGAAAGAAUAACCUGACCACUCUGGAAGAUGUUGUCUAUCUCAGGAGGUUUAAAAGCCUGCGCACACUGAAUCUCAUGGGGAACCCUCUCUGUGAGGACGAGCGCUACACGCUCUUUGUUGUUGCUCAUCUUCCAGGUCUGGUGUACUUGGACUUCAAGCUCGUGAAUGACACCACACGAGAAGCUGCAGUUUUAAAGUAUCAAGAUCUCACUGAGCUACUGGAACUUGAGGAGGCUGAGGCCCUGGCUCAGCUGAAGGAAGAGCAGGCGAAGCAGAAGGAGCUGGAGUACCACAAAGCAGCCUUUGUGGAGUACCUGAAUGGCUCAUUCCUGUUUGACGAUCUCUAUGCAGAGGAUCCAGAAGCUGCCAAACUGGCAUACCUCCUUGGCGUGGGUGACCUGCUGCAGACAUACAGGGAGGAGUUUGUCUUGGUUUGUGAGAACCUUUUUAACUAUGGUCUGCAAGAGCACGAAAAACGAGAAGCUGAAGUCUCCAGUUUCUGUGAAAGCCUUCAUGAAGCAUUAAUGGCCAACCAGCAAGAAAACAGGAAAAUCAUCCUUGACUUUGAGAGCCGGAACAAAAGGAGGCUGGAUGAGAUUCAUAAUGCCAGUAGCUACGAUAUUGCUGAGUCCAAACGAGCUGAGUCCAAGGAGGACAUACUUCAGCUGUCAGAAGCACUCAUGACCUUGGAAAUGCUGAUAACUGACCAGCUGGAGGAACUCAUAAAGGAUUUUAAAAGAAACAUUGCUGAUAGAGCAUCAACCUUCAUCGAGAAUGUUAAAGGGAUAAUGAGCCAGUGCCGGGACCUGGAGAACCGUCACCAUGAAAGGCUGCUAGAGAUCUCCAUCACCACACUGGAGAAAUCAGUCAAGAAUGAGCUUGAAGAGGAUUUGCCAGAUGAUGUUCGAAUGCUCUUGCUGGACAAAACCACCAUUGUCAAGGCGCUCAACACGUCCCAUGGCAUCCGCCUGCUGAAGAUUAACAAGCGAGAGAGCGACAUCCUCUGCAGCACCUACCGCUGGCAGGCCUCCGUGACGGAGAAGGCUUUCCAAAAUGAGAUGGACAGAAACCGUGAGUGCAUCAAAAAGAUCGUUCAAUACAUCGACACCCUCCAGGAGGAGCUGGAGAACAUCACCAUCAUGGAGCCAAUGCAGUAG